AUGUCUAACGAACCGAAUCUCAUCGACACAAUAAAAACUGGGUACACUGGUCUACGCUGUAUUAUCUGUGUCAAUGACGAAAAAUUAUGGACACGAGGGGAGAAAAGCAUAAUGAAACUUUAUAAUAUUCAUGGGAUUCUUCUGAAAUCAAUUGCAACCAAGUCUGGAGAGAGACCACAUGACAUAACAUUGACAGGGAAUGGAGAUCUACUUUAUACUGACGCCGAAACAAAGACUGUGAACAGAGUGAAGAACAAAGAAACAGAAGAAGUAAUCACGUUAAAAGAGUGGAAACCUUACUAUAUCUGCAGUACCUUUGCUGGUGAUCUCCUGGUCACCAUGUUUAGUGAUGACGAAACUCAGUCUAAAGUGGUACGUUACAAAGACUUUGAAGAGAGUCAGACUAUUCAGUUUGAUGGGGAAGGUAAACCUCUGUUAUCAGCCGAUUAUCUCAAAUAUAUCACUGAGAACAGAAAUGGAGAUAUAUGUGUAGCAGACUUUGGUGGAAGUGUUGUAGUCGUUGUAGACCAGGAUGGAAUCCUACGAUUCAGAUAUACUGGUCAUCCCUCUACCACUAAGGGACCUUUUAAUCCAUAUGGCAUCACUACGGACAGCCACAAUCAGAUACUGGUUGCAGACUUGUAUAACAACUGUGUCCACAUUCUAGAUCAGGAUGGACAAUUCCUCCGCUAUAUUGAUACAUGUGAUCUAGAAAAACCAUGGGGUUUAUGUGUAGAUACCAAAGACAACCUCUUUGUGGCAGAGUGUGAAGGUGUUUUUGACCAGGACGAACCUACUGGUCCACAGACUGAUACAAAGGGACCAUUUUAUCCAUUUGACAUCAUUGCAGGCAGCCAGUGUCAGAUACUGAUUGCAGAUGUGUAUAACAACUGUGUCUACAUACUAAAUCAAGAUGGACAUUUCCUCCGCUACCAUUUAUAA